AUGGCGGGCAGCGGCGCGGCGGCCGCGGCGCCCAGGGACGAGCCCCCGGAGGAGCCCGAGGGCGGCGGGCGGCGCUGGGGCGCGCAGCACGCCGGGGCCCGCGAGCUGGCCGAGCUCUACUCGCCAGGAAAGAGGCUACAAGAAUGGAUCUCUGUCAUCUUAUGCUUCUCUCUGAUCUGUUUCAAUUUUUACAAUCUCCUCUUUUAUUUGCGACUGGAACACACGCCCUCGGUUAUCGUUGGGAUAUUUGCAGGAGUUGUUACCGCUGACUUCUUAUCAGGAUUAUUUCACUGGGGAGCAGAUACCUGGGGAUCUGUGGAGCUACCCAUAGUUGGAAAGGCUUUCAUCCGACCCUUUAGGGAACAUCACAUUGACCCCACAGCCAUUACCAGACAUGAUUUCAUAGAGACCAAUGGGGACAACUGCUUCAUGACACUGGUCCCACUGGCCAACAUGGCAUACAAAUUUGUUUCUUUUUCCCCAGAGGCAUUAUAUGAGACGUGUCCCUGGGAGUGUUACGUCUUCGCGCUCAUCAUCUUCAUCACCAUGACGAACCAGAUCCACAAGUGGUCCCACACGUACUUUGGGCUCCCACGCUGGGUCAUAUUCCUGCAGGACUGGCACAUUAUCCUGCCCAGGAAGCACCACAGGAUCCAUCAUGUGUCUCCACACGAGACCUACUUCUGCAUCACCACUGGUACUGCCCUUGGGGUCGUGCUCUGCCCUCCUGCUGCCUUCCUGCUGCCCUCGGCCAGCGCCGCGCUCAGCCGUGGGUAA